CGAGCCCAGCGACCGCCAGUUCCUCUCCAGCCGGGCCACCCGCCGCUCGCUCCCCGGCCGCGGCGCCUCCGAACUCCGACGCGCUGCAGCCUCCAGCCCGCUGCAGGCGGGGCGACCGCGCCAGCCGGGUCCCGAGCCCGCGAGACCUCGCUGCGCCUCCGCCGCCCGCCGCCUGCCGAGGUGCGCUCUGCUGGGCCGCCCCGUCGCGCCCCCCGCGCUGAGCCCGGGCCACCGUGGAGCGCCGCCGCCCAGCAGGUCCCACCGCGAGCUGGAAAUAUGGGAUGUAUAAAAUCAAAAAGGAAAGACAAUCUGAAUGACGAUGGAAUAGAUUUGAAGACUCAACCAGUACGUAAUACUGACCGAACUAUUUAUGUGAGAGAUCCAACGUCCAAUAAACAGCAAAGGCCAGUUCCAGAAUCUCAUCUUUUACCAGGACAGAGGUUUCAAACUAAAGAUCCAGAAGAGCAAGGAGAUAUAGUCGUAGCCUUGUACCCCUAUGAUGGCAUCCACCCAGAUGACUUGUCUUUCAAGAAAGGAGAGAAGAUGAGAGUUCUGGAAGAGCAUGGGGAGUGGUGGAAAGCUAAAUCCCUCUCAACAAAGAGAGAAGGCUUCAUCCCCAGCAACUAUGUAGCCAAAGUCAACACCUUGGAAACUGAAGAAUGGUUUUUCAAGGACAUAACGAGGAAAGAUGCAGAAAGGCAGCUUCUGGCACCAGGAAACAGCGCGGGAGCCUUCCUUAUCAGAGAAAGUGAAACAUUAAAAGGAAGUUUCUCUUUGUCUGUCAGAGACUAUGAUCCUGUGCAUGGUGAUGUGAUUAAGCACUACAAAAUUAGGAGCCUGGACAAUGGUGGCUAUUAUAUCUCUCCUCGAAUCACGUUUCCUUGUAUUAGUGACAUGAUUAAGCAUUAUCAAAAGCAGUCUGAUGGUUUGUGCCGAAGACUGGAGAAGGCAUGCAUAAGUCCCAAACCACAAAAGCCAUGGGAUAAAGAUGCCUGGGAGAUCCCACGAGAGUCCAUUAAGUUGGUGAAAAGGCUUGGUGCCGGACAGUUCGGGGAAGUCUGGAUGGGUUACUAUAACAACAGCACCAAAGUGGCAGUGAAAACUCUGAAGCCAGGCACAAUGUCUGUGCAGGCUUUCCUGGAAGAGGCAAACCUCAUGAAGACCCUUCAACAUGACAAGCUCGUGCGACUCUAUGCUGUGGUAACCAAAGAGGAACCCAUCUACAUCAUCACAGAGUACAUGGCCAAGGGCAGUUUGCUAGAUUUCCUGAAAAGCGAUGAAGGGGGCAAAGUGCUACUUCCAAAGCUGAUUGACUUUUCUGCUCAGAUCGCUGAAGGCAUGGCAUACAUAGAGAGAAAGAACUACAUCCACCGAGACCUCCGGGCAGCUAAUGUCCUGGUGUCUGAGUCUCUCAUGUGCAAAAUCGCCGACUUUGGCCUUGCGCGAGUGAUUGAGGAUAAUGAGUACACAGCAAGGGAAGGUGCUAAAUUCCCCAUUAAGUGGACAGCUCCAGAAGCCAUCAACUUUGGAUGUUUCACUAUUAAGUCUGAUGUGUGGUCUUUCGGAAUUCUCCUAUAUGAGAUUGUCACCUACGGGAAGAUUCCCUACCCAGGGAGAACUAAUGCCGACGUGAUGACCGCCCUAUCCCAGGGUUACAGGAUGCCACGCAUGGAGAACUGCCCAGAUGAGCUCUACGACAUCAUGAAGAUGUGCUGGAAAGAAAAGGCAGAAGAGAGGCCAACGUUCGACUACCUGCAGAGCGUCCUGGAUGAUUUCUACACUGCCACAGAGGGGCAGUACCAGCAGCAGCCUUAGAACCGAACCAGGAAGGCACAGCGCCCCAUACAGGGAGGACUGCCUAACUGCAGAAGGAAGAUGCCCCGUGCCUGGCUGCAGUUAUUUCUAGCGCCAGACCAUCUGCUAACCUGCUUCCUGGAAAGGAGGCGAAAUUACUCAGGAAGAACACUCUCCACGUGGCCAAGAGUUUUCUCUUCUCAUGAUCUGAAGAGGCCCAUAGUCUUUUCAGCCUGAACUGCUCCCAACCAGCUGGCUUGCUUUGCUGGACCAACAUCUGACUACAACGUCUUUCUGAGAAGAGAACACCUACUUCUGUUCCAGACACACCCACUGUGGCCCUUUGUUUGCAACUGGACAGGGAACUCUAAGGUUCAGAGGCUGUUUCAGAAAAUCCUGCAUAGCAACAGAACUAAACUCAUGUAGGAAGCUCACAUAGCCAGAUGCCUAAGAGGACACACCUCUGCAUUUUUCUCUCUGCUUUGGCUUCUUCGUUUAGGAAUUACUAAUAUAACCUGUUUGAUUCUGCAGGUGAAAUCAGGAGCUGAAAAGACAACAAUCUCUUUUCCAAAUUCCAGCCAGCACCCCCUCCUAAAAUCUGACCCCCCAGAUGUGAAGCAGCAGUGCGGCUCUUCUGGCCUCUUUGCUAGUGCCAAUGUCUUUUGUAAGAUGCAAAUUAUUUUGUUGUUGUUGUUGUUUUGGGAGGGUUGUUUUGUUUCUUUUUUUUUUUCCUUGAUAGAGACAGAGAGAAACUGAGAGGGAAAGAAAGACACCUGCAGCACUGCUUCACUGCUCCUGAAGAAGGAGAAUAUUCUGCUUUCCCUUACUUUUAACUGUUUUUUUUUUCCUGUGUGGUUUUAUUUACAUGUCCCUUCUAAAAUAAUCAAAAUUCUCAGUUCACUAGUGCCAUGGUCACAAAGACGCAAUACUGUGGUCAUAUAUUUUGCAGGUGGGGACCAGGGGCUUGAGCUUGGGUCCUUAUGCAGUGUAACAUGUGUACUAUACUGGGUGUACCACCACCCAGCUCCAAAAUUAUUGUGUUACCCAACAGGGAUCCCACUUCCCAGGGCUUGUUGGACAACCUGGCAAAGACAAGAAUCUCAGAAACAAUUCUCCAUUAAAAUAAAGGAAGGAAGGAAGGAAGGAAGGAAGGAAGGAAGGAAGGAAGGGAGGGAGGAAGGGAGGAAGGGGGGAAGGGGGAGGGGAGGGGAAGGAAGGAAGGAAGGAAGGAAGGAAGGAAGGAAGGAAGGAAAGGCCUUUUUUAAAUAGUUUGACUUUUGAGUCCCAUGAUUUCUUAAAUCAGACAUUUGUGACGAUAUAGUUUGUUAAAAGGUAAAAGAUUCAUAUGAUCCAAAGAGAAAUCAGUAUUUGUUGACAGUGUUGUCUGGAAGAGUAAUUAUAGAGUCUAAUCUCUGCAGAAACUUAUAGAGCCUUAUAGAAACCUGAGAAUUUUCUUUAUUGCUUCACGUGAUCUGAACAUGAUUUCAGUGAUCAAAUGUUAUAUUGUGGGCUGUUUUGUGAUUCAGCAGUCUUUUCUAAAUGGUGUUUGGUGUGUGAGAGACUAUUUAUACGAGGAUAUGAAGGAAAUUGUGUGACUAAGAGGCUGCAGUAAGCCAUGCAAGGGAUACAAGAGGUUUUAUUUCCUAGAUUUUUCUACUGUAAGCCUUGAAUCGUAAAUACUAUAGCACAUCUUGUUUCACUUAUGCUGUCGUGUAUAUAUCUAAUAUUUCUAUUUUUUGAUUUUAUUUUAAUACAAUAACAUCUGGACCAAUAA